GCUCUCAGACGGCUGGAAUUUCAGCGUGUGACGUCACCGCCUACAACUCUCCCAGAAUUUGGAUUCAAGAAGUUUCACUUUUUUUUGGUGGGAUUUGAAACCUCUGUGUUAUUUCCUAGAAAGCGAGAUUUCCACAAACAGUAAAGGGCAUCGCUUGAACAAUCUUCCAGGAACCCCGCACAUCCAGAGAGGAGAAAAGGUGUCUGAUCCUGUAGUCCCCACCAUCGCCUAGUGUUAACAUUUUGAACCAUGUGGAGCCCAGCGGGUAACGACCAGACGGGACAGGUGGCUGCCAGGAUGGAGACCGUUCCCUCUUUGGGUAGUGCGAGCAUCUCCGUCUCCCAGCAGCAGGCACCCAAGAAAUUCGCCCCUGUGGUCGCACCCAAGCCCAAGUUCAACCCUUACAAACCUGAGCCUGCAGCGGACUACCCUCCCCCUCCACCACCUGCCGAGGACUCAACCGGUUUCCCACCGUCCUCUGGCUCUUUCCUUCCUCCUCCACCGGAGAACUCGUACGAUUGUCAGAUGAAAGGACCAGAGAAGACGCUGGAGGAGAGACGCUCAAGUCUGGAUGCCGAGAUCGACUCCCUCACCAGCAUCCUGGCAGACCUGGAGAGCAGCUCGCCCUACAAGCCACGGAUCACACAAAACUCUGGAUCCUCUGGGACCUCGACCCCCAGCGCUCCAGUGACUGGAUACAAGCGAAUGGUCAUUCCAACCCAACCGCCUCUGACCGCCACCAAGAAAUCUACGCCCAAACCUCAGGCUCCUGGGGGAGUCUCGUCUGUGCCCCCUUCUUCUGCCAGCCCAGUGGCUAAGCCUCAAAGCCACACAGCUCCUCAGCCUGUCCCCGCCUCCUACGCCACAGCCUCAACCCCGAGCCAGCCCACCUUCAAUGUCCAGGUGAGGUCGGCCCAGCCCGGCCCCCAGCAUCAAGCCCCAAUGGGGCACAACUAUGGCCAGCAGCCCAUGCGCAGCCCUGCGCAGGUGCAGUACAUGCCCGCCCAGCCCAAAGGUCCUGACUUUGCCUACGGACCACCACAGCCUGGCUUCUCCCAGAUGGCUCAGGGGGCAUAUCAAGAUCAGUACCAUCCAGGAGGACCCCAACAAGGUGGCCCCAGGAGACUUGAGCCGGCCCCCGCCCAGGCAUACCAACCUCCAGGCCCCAAGAAGACCUACAUCACAGAUGUACCGCCAAGCUUGGCUCCCUACACUUCUGGACCAGCUGUUCCACCAAAGGGCAGCGCUCCGAUGGCCCACCCCGAGGACGAGCUGGAGCGCCUGACCAAGAAGAUGCUGUUUGACAUGGACCACCCACCAUCUGAGGAGUAUUUUGGCCGCUGUGCCAGCUGUGGAGAGAACGUGGUGGGUGAAGGCACCGGCUGCACCGCCAUGGACCAGGUCUUCCAUGUCGACUGCUUCGUCUGCAUGACCUGCAGCACCAAGCUGCGCGGCAAGCCUUUCUACGCGGUGGAGAAGAAGGCCUACUGCGAGCCCUGCUAUAUUAACACCCUUGAGACCUGCACCAUCUGCAGUAAGCCCAUCAUGGAGCGCAUCCUGCGGGCCACAGGGAAAGCCUACCACCCUCACUGCUUCACCUGCGUGGUGUGCCACCGCAGCCUGGACGGCAUCCCCUUCACCGUGGACGCUUCCAACCACAUCCACUGCAUCGAGGACUUUCACAAGAAGUUCGCCCCACGCUGCUGUGUGUGCUCUGAGCCGAUAAUGCCAGCACCGGGCCAGGAGGAGACCGUCCGUAUUGUGGCCCUGGACCGUGACUUCCACGUGCAGUGUUACCGCUGCGAGGACUGUGGCUCUCUGCUCUCAGAGGGGGAUAACCAGGGCUGCUACCCUCUGGACGGACACGUCCUCUGCAAAAACUGUAACACCAGCCGCAUCCAGGACCUCACCGCCAAGGCCACCACUGACCUCUGAGCAACCCGCCGCACGGUCACCUCCACUGUGAUAACCCGACGCUCGCUCUCUCUCCUUCUGUCUCUCCCUCUCUCUUUCUUUUUUCUUGCAAACAUACCGACCCACACAAGCUUGCGUUCCUCAGCAUAAAUAUACGUAUAUCCCUCUACAUAUAUAUUCACUUACAGUAAAAACAGCGUCACGUGUUCACCUGCGUACAUGUAUCCACUGACUCGGUACAAUCACAGCAGAAGACGCUGUGUGUUUAAACUGUGCUGGUAAAGGAAUAGUUCAACAUUUUGGGAAAGACGUAAAUACACUUUUAGAUGAGAAGAUUGAUGCCACUUUUCUGUCAUUUCUUAGCUUGGCUCAGUCCAAAGUUAAAAAAAAAACACCAAACUGUAUCCUUGAAGGGCGCUAAUAAUGUGUUGAAUUGUUUUGGCAGUUUUAGGAAAGGUUAUGAAGGUUAUGGGCCGCCUCUUGCCAAGAAAUAGUUCACCAUCUUUUAAGACUUUUGUUUCUGUACGUAUUUAAAAAGUGAGUUAUAAGAUGUCACUUAGAGAGUUUUAGAAGUGCUGGUGGGCAUUUUUGUUACCUCUGAUAGUCAGACUUCUGCGUGUUUUUAGUCUUUAUGCUAAGCUAAGCUUAAAGGUUUACUUCGCCCCCCAAACUGACCACCUGUUAGUCGAUUUCUCACCCUGUGUUUUAUUGUAUUUGUGAAGAAAACGUUUUUUUUUCUCGCAUGCCUCCACAGUGAACAGAGAAUUCAAAAACAGAGAAAAUUCGUAAUGUUUUGAAGUCAUAGAGGUCGACGUUUAACAACUAGAAAACGUUUGAUUCCGUUUUUACCGUGUUGGUUUGACUUGUGUUGCUGCGACAGAGAGUCAUUUCUUAUUUUAGCGGUACUCGAGAGUACUCGAUGCAGAAAGUACUCGAUGCAGAAAAAAGUAAGACUUGAUUGAUUUUUUUUUUUUAAGAAAAUAUGUAACAAAACAGCAAAUUUACAGAAUAACUUAGAAUACUCACAUACCUCAUGCAGAGUUUGUUUUUAUUCAGUCGUAUGUUUGGUACUUCCCAAACAGACGGACCUCUCUGACAGGAAGUGAAAAGCUCUCGUCAAAGCCGGACUCUGUUUACAAAAACAGAGAUUUUACUGAGCGAACACGUGAGCUGCUGGUCUAUUCGAUCAGUUAGUCAGUAACCCUUUAACCCUUUAUAACCUGGGCAUCAGCUUUGUUGUGCUGCAUUUGGACUCGUUUCACAAGCAUUUAAAC